AUGCAGUUUCCCCCCGCUAUGUCUAUCGGUGCCGAUGCAGAGUUGAGCGUAUUUUCGGAUGAUGUAGUGCCGAAAAUUCUGGUUUGUGGUUUGCCGAGGUCUGGAAAAUCGUCAAUCAUUCGCGUCGUGUUUGGGAAAACUUCUCCCCACGAGACGGCGUAUUUGGAGCCCACUGUUAUGCCUGAAGUCAGACAUGUUGCGAAUCACCUUGUUCACGUGAAGAUUGUUGAUGUGCCGUCUACGUAUCAGCUCGAUAGGGAGUCUGAGAGCGAUAUUACUGAGCAGGACAGAACGUGGUUCGCCAAAACUGUGGCUAUAGUCUUUGUUAUUGAUUCUCUGGAGGAUAACUGGCACCAAGCAAUUCUGUAUGCACGUCGUGUGGUUCGCCGCGCAAUAAGGGUGAAUUCUAAUAUCGUUUUUCAGGUAUUUUACCAUAAAAUCGACAGCAAUUACAGAUUUGACGGUUCUUAUAGUGGUGAUGGUAUGAAUUCUCUGCACGGGGAAGACAUCUCAGACGCGUAUGUGAAAGAAUUGCAGGCUUCCUUAGAUGAGGAUCUUUAUAGAAAUGGUUGUCGUGUUGGUAUUACUUGGCACUGCACGAGUAUAUACGAUCACUCCGUUUUCGACUGUUUCUCAAGACUAUUGCAGCAGUUAUCAGUAGUACAUCCACACGGUCAGUGCGUUGAACAAUUGUUGGAUUCGUUGGUGUCGAAUUGUCGUAUGGAGAGGGCGUAUCUUUUUGAUAUCGUCUCCAAGGUGUACUUGGCGAGCGACUCGGGAUUUGGUGGUGGCGAUUCGGUAUUGUCUUAUGAGCUUAUGUCGGAUAUGUUGGAUGUUAUUAUCGAUACUAGUUGUAUUUAUGGAAUUGGUGCGGGAAAAAAUGAGGGGAGAGGAACGCGAGAUGCUGCAGUUAUACAGCAAGGAGCGACUCCUGCGUCGUUGGCCAUCAAUUCGGCGAGCUCCUGUACAAUUUCCCUGAGUAACGGUUUGAUAUUGUAUAUGAAAGAGGUGGAUACAUUCCUGGCGUUGGUAUGUCAAAUCAAAGAAGAGUAUUUCGACAGGACCUUUCUAGUGGAUCACAAUAUUAAUAAGUUUAAGGAAAGUCUGGCGCAGGUGUUGGGCAGCUCGCCGACACAGACUGAGGUAAAGAAGAUCUCUUAGA